GCGGGGAGGCAAAGCCGUGGAGGGAGCCUGGGUGGACAGCGCCGGUGCUGAUCUGUCGGCUUGGUUAGUUCGGCGAGCCGCGGGUGUGUGCAGCGCCGGGCGUGGAGCUGCUCACGCCGCCGCGGGUUGCAUCCCAGGGGUAGUCGUCCGGCAGCUGAGGGGCAGAAACGAAAGGACGCGUGGCUAGCAAUGAGGCACGAAGCGCCUAUGCAGAUGGCAUCUGCUCAAGACUCCAGGUAUGGCCAGAAGGACACAUCCGACCAGAACUUUGAUUACAUGUUCAAACUGCUCAUCAUUGGUAACAGCAGUGUUGGAAAAACCUCAUUUUUGUUCCGUUAUGCCGACGAUUCUUUUACGUCGGCUUUCGUAAGCACCGUUGGAAUCGAUUUCAAAGUAAAAACUGUUUUUAAAAAUGAAAAAAGAAUUAAGCUGCAGAUUUGGGACACAGCAGGUCAAGAGAGAUAUAGAACAAUUACUACAGCCUACUAUCGGGGUGCAAUGGGCUUCAUUUUAAUGUAUGACAUCACCAAUGAAGAAUCCUUCAAUGCUGUACAAGACUGGUCAACCCAAAUAAAAACAUACUCUUGGGAUAAUGCCCAGGUUAUUUUGGUCGGCAAUAAAUGCGACAUGGAGGAAGAACGGGUAAUCUCCACUGACAGAGGGAAACAUUUAGCAGAACAACUUGGUUUUGAAUUCUUUGAAACAAGUGCCAAGGACAACAUCAAUGUCAAGCAGACAUUCGAGCGGCUUGUGGAUAUCAUCUGUGACAAAAUGUCAGAAAGCCUGGAGACGGAUCCUGCCAUUGCUGCGGGUAAACAGAACACAAGACUAAAGGACACCCCACCUCCACAGCAACCCACCUGUGGCUGUUAGUGAAGUCAUUGUCAACAGAAGCAGCUCCAGUGUGUUCUUUUGCCAAUAGAGUAUUUACAUAGGGUCUAUAUAUGCCUUUAUUUAUAAUGUCUUACUGGUUCAUGGGGGGAAAUAUGUCUUAUUUAAUGUCCACUGCUGGUACAGUAUGUGCAUAGAGCUGUUUUGUGGAACUGAUUGCAAACACAUAAGGAAAUGACUCUCAGAUUUCUCGGCAUUUGAACUCUGCGCGUAGAUGGCUGUUUGUCUUUUCUCUUAGGUUUGACGUUCUUCUGCAUAUGCCUGUUACUACUUCAGCUGGUGCUGUGACCUCAGGCCCCAAAUUUUUUCUAGGUUUUAUUCUUUCUCCAUCCAUUUCUAGUGACCCAGUUUACUAUCCCAGGGUGACGAUUCCGGAAUAGGAUUCCGAUUGCCCUGCACUCCAAAUCACUGCUAACAUAUUGCAGGCGCUUAGCGAUCUAAUCACACAAGCAUUGCUUUAUCUUCCCGGUAAUUUGCCAGGGUCUGCAUUCCAGAGGAGUUCAUGCUGAAAGGUGACAGUGUCCUUUUAGGGAAACUACAGACUCUCUAAGCAGCAAAAGGGAUGGAAGUUUAGAUUUUUGCUUUUCGCAGAUCACGGCUACCUGCCUCUCAAAUGAUUUUCAUUGUGAGGGACAUCCUGUAUUUGUAGCCAGAUAAAUGUCUCUGGCUUUCAGCCAUUUGCCUGGCAAAGUCUGAUUGUUUACCUGGUUCUUCCAGGCUUUUGGAUUUUGUUCACUGGAAUAAUACUUGUCCUGAUUGAUAUUCAUCCAUAUUUUAGACCAUACAAUUUUUUAAUUUCAGUGUAAUUUUUUUUUUAAAGCCCUGUAAAUCUUUACAUACUAGUUUGUCCACUGAGAGGAUAGUGCAAAGGAGUAAGGACUCUCUGUUUGUAAAGCAGACUAAUGCCUUGCUCCUCAAAUGUAUGUCAAACAAACAGGUGUUUAAUGUACAUUUGUUUUUUCCCUUCCUAUGAUAUGUCUGCCCACCAUAGGUAACACUUGCACUAUAGAAACCAGAGCCAGAAAGAAGUUCAUUAUGGUUAAUGUGAUCAUUUUCAUAGGAGUGCAGCCACAGCUCCCAAUAAUUCAUACAUAUACUAGUCUGGUCAUUAGAAGGUUGUUGGUGGGAGGAAGUGUAUUCUUUACAUAUCUUCACAAGUAUGUACAAGAGAUGAGUGAAGAUAAGUUUAAAGAACAAAGAAGGAGAGACAGUUGCAACCUGAAAUAAUCAGAAACAUAACGAGGGGAAAUUAGUACAAAUUUGCUAUCAGUUGGAGAUGUACAAGAACUCUCAUCUUAAACAUAAAGAGAGUGCAUGCUUCCUCCUCAGCUGUAAAGUAAAGGUAAAGUUGUGCUGUCGAGUCAGUGUUGACUCCUGACAACCACAAAGCCCUGUGGUUUUCGUUGGUAGAAUACUGGAAGGGGUUUACCGUUGCCAUCUCUCGCGCAGUAUAAGAUGAUGCCUUUCAGCCUCUUCCUAUAUAGCUGCUGCCCAAUAUAGGUGUUUCCCAUACUCUAGGAAACACACCAGCGGGGAUUUGAACCGGCAACCUCUUGCUCCCCAGGCAAGUUCCUUCCCUGCUGCAGCUGUAUUUGGCUACUAAUGGGUAGACCAGUGAAAAUGCUCAUUCUGUAGAGUUAUUUAUAGCUGUAACAGGCACCCUAACCCUAAACACAUUUGCUGGGAUCCAUUGUCUCCAUUCUGCAUGCAAAGCUCCAUCUUCACAGGAGUUCUGCCAUUCUUUUGUGUGGGUUAGGAAAUGCUUUAGCAGCAUAGUAGAGAUUUCCCAUUAUGUAUGGCAGGCAUUCAUGUACAAACAAACAAGAUAUUUCCUGCAAUCAUGGAACUCCAUGGUUGAACUCCACUGGAGUUCUGCAAAGCUUUGGCAGGUGUCAUGGAAGUGUAUCCAUCUGAAAUCACAUGGUUCAUACAUGUAUCUUCAUUACUAGUUGACUAUAGGAUCACGUGAUGGUGUGCAUGUGUGAAUGAGACAUCAUGGAUGAAUUACCACAGAGCUUCUAUAUAUAUGUUAAAACCUUCUACUCUGUUCUUCCCAAGAGCUCCCAAAGCAAGGAUCUCACCCAAAGGCAACUAAAAUACAAUACUUUUCAACUCAGAUAGUUCACACAUACAGCUGAGAGUGAUCAGGUGAUAAGAAAUCAAGUGACAUAAGUGUCUGUGUAACCUAUUCUUAUAGUUCCAUGUAGUAUAUUAAAUAGGUAAUAUACAUAGUAUAAGAGUGCUAGAUUACUCUAAGAGAGUCUGUUAUUUAAGAAUUUCACCUCUUGAUUCCUUAAAAGGAUAAUUAGGGGUGAAUGUUGUAUACUAUGGGAGAACUUUUGUUUUCUUUGUUUACUGUAAAGAUUCAUUUCUCCCCUCUGAUGCCGCUCUCAUUAAUAACAUCAGCAUUUGCGUGCAUGGACAGAUCUGGGUCAUUACCUUUGAAAGAUGGUUUGCCUCGGAGUUUCUGGCUGAUGAUUUUCUUCUAGCUUUUAAUGAGAAAAUCAGAAUUUGGCAGUGUUUCCAGAAACCCCGCGAAAUAAAUAAAUAAAUAAAUAAAUAAAUAAAUAAAUAAAUAAAUAAAUAAAUAAAUAAAUAAAUAAAUAAAUAAAACCCUCCUCCUACCAUUUCAAGAAACAGACCAUGCAAAUUGAUUAUGAAAUCACCAAAAGACUGUGAAAAUAACAAGACAGCGUGCAGAGUAUUUGAAGUGUUGUUUCUGCCCCUUCCCCCAGAUAUUUAUUUCUCACCAUGUUAAUAAGCUUCCUCUCUGGUAAUUGGAGGCAGUUUUUCACCUCUUCACCCUGCAGCAUUCCUUCUCCACAGCUCUAUCUGGGUCACAGCGGUGAAGUUCUUCAAAUAACUGGCAUAAUCAAAGAAGUAUUUAAUCCUCAGAGUUCUUUUUAGAUCAUCUUUAAUACCAGUCUGGUUUUAUUCAGUAGGCAAACAGGAGAAAGACAAGGAGGAACGAAAGAAGAAAUGUGUAUUAUAGGUUGCUGCUUAGAGAAUGGUUGCAGACACUCUUGACUUCAAAGACAGCCCUUGUCCUCAUUUCACUGUAGCUGUCGUAGAGGAAAGCUCCGGUCUUUCUUUAAGCAUGAACUCAUGAUUCAGAUUUCAUGGGGAUUGCCAACAGCAAGAUUCCCCAACAUCCAAAGGCCUGCUCUUAGAUACUUUCAUGGUUAAAAUAACAGGGGAAACCCCCACAAAAACCUGUGUAUUUCAAAAGCAUUUGCUGUUCCUCACAACAUCUAUAGCAGUGUUACCAACACAGAGAAACCCAAGAACAACCAUCAAUAACUCCUUUUGAACGCAGAGAGAUUUCAGUCUGAAUAAUAAGAGCUAGGCCAAUUUAAUUGUGUAUAACAAUAGAUCCACAUGGCUCCCAGUAGCAAUCCUGCUCAACUGCCCACCCCCAAAUGAGGUUGUUUCUCAUGUGUCACUGCAGUGCGCAGCUCUGCUCCAUGGUGAUGCACAAGGAGACCCCCAUCGGGGAGGCAACAACAAGCCUCCCGGUGUCGGCGGGCUCCCCAGAAUGCCUCAUGUACCCGUGUGGGGCAUUCUGGGACUGCCAGAGGCUAGGACACCCCCGAUCCCCACUGCCCCAACAGGCUCCAUGAUGGAGCCGGUAAUUGUGUGGGCGGCUGAUCUGGCUGCCCAGGGCAAGCUCCUUGCUCGUCUGCGGGGAGAGUGGGUCUGGGUCAAGCCCCCUCUCCACACAGAACCUUCUUAGGGUUUCCACACUGCUCAUGUGGGGAGCCUUAGUAUGUCAGGGAGACAGCUAGGUUAGACUCCUGAGACCUAGAUGUCAUUCACGCAAUCAAAAACUGUGUUCUACCCAGGUUUGGGAGCUGGGUUUGCUCCUAGAUUUUAGUUGUGUGGAAGCAAGGUUAGAGGAAAACCUGGAUAGAAGUGAAACCUGGAUAGAUAGAAAACCUGGAUAGAUAGAAAACCUGGAAAAGCUGGGUAGCUUUUCCUCCUAACUUGCUUCAACACAAUCGUUUCUACACAGGUUUUCCUCUAACUUUGUUUCCAUACAACCAAAAAUUGGGAGCACACACAGCUCCCAAACCCGGGUAGAACACAGUUUUUGAUUGUGUGAAUGACCUCAUUGUUUUCUAUGGGGAGGAUUUUCCCCCCUGUGGAGAAGCAUUCAACCAUAUGAGCCCAUAUAGUUUUUACAGCCAUGCACGGAUUUACCAUAUCAGAAAGAGGUAGGCCUGUGACCCCUUGGUAUGUUUUGUUGCCAGUAUUGUGAGGCGUUCACAUGCCAGACCUCUCCCUUGAAACUGAAUUCAAGGAAGUCAUUAACUUAUCUUCUGGCUUUUUCAAUUUUGUGUUCUUUGCUUUUUGCCAGACAACUUCUCUCUCCCUAUUAAACACAAGAGAGUCACCACUUUAAAAAUAUGUCUGUAUGACAAGUGGGCAGGGGAUACCAAUCAUUCUACUGCUGUCAAUAUAUAUAUUAAAAAGCAAAAGGGGACAAAUCAAAAGUAACACUGAAUAUGGUCAGUGAAAGAUCAUUUGAAAACAAAAAAUCCCCAGAAAAUUCCCCUUUUAGAAAAAAUGCAAAGCGUUUUGAUACAAAAAAUAUAAAGUAACAAAUACCUCAAAAAUUGUGUGUUGUUACAACUGCAACAUCAGCUGAUGGGGAUGUUCAAUACACACACACACAUACGUGUGUGUGUGUGUGUGUGUGUGUGUGUAUAAAUCUGAGUACAUACUUGUUGCCAGUAUAAAUCUUUUCUCUGCCAUCUUUUAGUGGAUGAAGAUAUUUGGUAGUGGGCACAGCCUCACCAAGCCUGACCCCUCAGUGCCAGCUGAACUACCAUCACAACUGCCAUGCUACGGAACAGAUAGAACACCUUUGCAUGGGGCAAAACACUCAUUUGCUCGAGCAGAGGCUGGCUUGAUGCAUGCAUGGGUAAAAUAUUGUCCACUUACAACCAACCAGAACACAGAGGUACCAUUUUUGCAACUGAAUGCUAUAAUGCCCAUGAGCAUUGUACACCCUUGAAGACUAUCACAAUGGUCUAGUACAGGCAUUCCCAACAGGGGGUGCAAGUGCCCCCAUGGGACUUGAAGAUCUCCCAGGGGGUACUCAGAGCUCUCCUGCCUCCUGUGCUGCAGCUGCAUUAUUAGUUCCAGAUUGGAGGAUCACCAGCUUGAAGCCAACAUGUCCUAACAAUAUGUCUGCAGUAGAAGGGGAGGGAGGAGGUGAAGACCCUCCUUCUCUGCUCCUGCUUGGCUGGCUGCAUGCUGAAGCUCGGUGUCACUGACAGGCUUCAGAAUAUUAGCACUGAGUACUGCAACUGAAAUUAAUGGUUUAGUAAUGAAUUAGUAAUGGUUUAGUAAUGAAUUAAUUACUAAAUAAAUUAAGUAAAAGAUUGUUUAUGAGUAUCUUAGUAUGGAUCACAUGUGCCUGUGACUGUAGUAGCCUGUCUCCCUAACUGUAACACUUUAAAUUUGUGUGUUUUAUUUAUAUGUGUACACACAUGUUACAGUUAUGAGCCAGGCUUCUCCAAUCACCGCCUGGUUUACAUCUUGAUUAAGUUACUAAUAAGCUGUUUUACUGAAAUUUUAUUGAGACAUUUACUUGUCCUAUUCAUUCCAAUGGGAGUACUCAUGAGUGACUUCGUCUGGAUGUAAGCUAGUGACUGGAGUAGCCUGUCUCAUAACUGUAACAUUUGAGAGAGAGAGAGAGAGAGAGAGAGAGAGAGAGAGAGAGAGAGAGAGAGUGUGUGUGUGUGUGUGUGUGUGUUACACACACAAACUACGCAUCUCUAUGGGGUACCUGAGCUGAAGGUUUGUGACAAAGGGGGUCUCUCUUUUUGUUAAAAAGGCUGGGAAAGUGGCAAGUUUGUGUUUUGAUUUAUAUAGAAUGACUCGCUCUCCAAUAUGACAAAUGUGCCUGUCCAUUCAGCACCAUUAUACAGAAUGGCAUUUUUAUUUCUGCUUAUUUUUAGAUCUCUUUCUUUGGUGUCUGAAACACAGAUGAGCUGGCCUGUCUUUCUGUCGAAAUCACUUUGUAUCUCAAUCAGCUGCAAUGUAUACGACUGUUACUGGAGCCAUUCGUUCCUUUGUGCUUAUACUCAGGGCCUUUCCAAGCGAUCAGUUCAUAAUGCAACAGAGGCACCAUUGUUGUCCAUGUGUGGUGCGGGAUACAGACAUUUCUGCUCAUGGCUGUGCUUCUGGCUUUGAGAUGCUGCAUUCUCCCAGAACUCAAAACAGUAAUAUAUUCUUGCUGGUAAAAUGAGUUUCUUUCCUAAGCUAGAGAGGCCAUUGCAAAAUGGAGCACUGCCUGGUAUGAUGAUACCAGAGUGUCACAGAGCCUAGUUGGAUAGAGCCCAUGACACCACACAGAUGACAAGUGACACAGUUGUCUCACUGCUCCAUGCCUGCACCAUGUUGUGACUGGAAAAAGAGGACGUGAACAUGAGCUCAAACUUACUGGUCUCACAGCAAAGUGUGAGAAGCUCUUUGUCAGCUGACUCCUUCCACUCUUGCAGUAAGCUUUCAGACUUUGUUUUGAGACCUACUGGAGUUACUGACUAGUUUAAACUUGGAAUUCUAGGGACUAGAGCAUUCUCUGGAUUUUCACCCUUGUGAGUUGGGACAAGUCAGUUUCACCUUAUGUGGGUGGUAACCCAUUGCAGCCAGAGUCUCUUUCACCAGUGGGCAACCCAUCAUCCAGCCUUUUAAAAAUAAUAAUAAUAAUAAUAAGUGGGGGGGAUAGAAGCAUUGGUACCAAUUUGUAUCAAGUCUGUUCCCCCACCACCAUGUGUGUACUGCACAUUGCACUAUUGCCUGUGAUUUGGAAUAAGCCCUCAGUAUCCUGCAUAGAGAAACUACCUGAACAGCUCAAUCUAUGUGGCCUUUCCAGAGCAUGAGUCUGAAAGAUUAGAUUUUCUUCCCAGUCAGCUCAGCUCUGUUAUGUCCAGCUGUACUGCCUGCACCUUAUUUAUUUUAAGAAUUAAGUGCUGUUUGAUGGUGUGCUAUGUCUGGAGUUUGAUCCGAACUUGCAGAAUUGUCGGAAUGUGUUUUCUAGGAAACCAAUGGUGGUGCACGAUUAAUGUCUGUUGAUACAGUUUUUGUCAUUUGCAGGAAGCUCCUGGAGCUAGUUUUCAUGAGCCUAUUUAGUGACAGCCCUGUGUAAAUGAGUGUCUUGUUGAAUAGAGGUCCUUUUUCCAUUGGGUAUGAAGCAUGUCCAUUUUAUGUAUGGAUCAAACACUGUAACUGUUCCUAAUGUGGCAGGAUUUACUUAUAUCCUUUUCAGAUUGUGCUAGACAAACACAGGAAAACCUUCAGUAAUUUUAGAUUGCCCUACAGGAAUCCAUGUUGAAUUGUUCAUGGAGAUAAUCCUGAAGUACUGAGAAUGUACUUUUGUCUCCAUGGAUGCAAGCCUGUGGCAUCUGUGCUCAUCCUCUCAAGCCUGUACAGUUAUGGAAUUACAAGAAACUGUGGGCCACCUUAUGGAAUGUUUCCCUUAGACCCCCAUUCACACAUUAUGUUCAAUGCACUUACAGUCUCUGUACUGUAGUCAAAUGUACAGAUUUGUACACACAUACAGUUAUUCACAUGUUACACUCAACUUAUGUGAAGCACGCUGUAUGCAACUGUGUGUAUGCACGUAUGCACACUAUGUGAAGCACACAGUAUGUAUGUAUACACUGUACUUUGCAUUAGUGGGGACUUGUACCUAGCUUCACUUUUAAAGUGAAUGCAUGUACAGUUAUUCACACAAAGAACACAUACAUGUGUACCUCUGUACACUCAUACAACAUAAUGUCUGAAUAGAACUACAAUUUCUCUCCAUUUCUAUUCAUUCUCGUGUAUUUGUGUUUAUGUUAGAAAGCCCCCCAACAUGUUGGCUGACAUCCGCCCUAGCAGUGCAUGCAACAGCGGAAAAACCAAACACACAUUGCUAGCUGCCUGAUUUCCAAAGCAUGGAUGCUCAUGAAGGGUGGGGGGGGCGGAUUUUCACCCAGCUACCUUCUUCCCAGAAACACUCCAUGCAACCUGGAAGUAGAUCCCUGAAGGCCGUGCAGCCCCCAGAGAUCUACUUCCAGGCAGAGCUGCACCUAAGUAAUUUUGGAGCCUGGACCCUAGGUCUGACUCUUUGGACCCUGCCACCCCCAUUGCAAGUUAAGCAUCAUUUUUUAACACAUAGGUUCUUGAGGGCACAAACCACACCACCCAGGACAGACUAAAGAUGAUUUUGGGGGAACCCAGGGAAUGUGGAGUCCCUGGACUUUGGCCUCAAAGUCCAGGGGUAAGAGCACCUCUGCUUCCAGGUCUCAAGGAACAUUUGGGGGGAGGCGUAUUGGCAAAAAUCACCCUCCCACCCACACAUGCAUCAUCUCUCCUUGAGAAGUGGGGCUGCCUGUGUGUGCACAUGGGUCUCUGCCCCCGCUGAACUGAUGCUCUGUUAAUGAGGAUGUCAGCUGUUGGCUCUAAGGUAGCUUUGAGUCUGGAUUCUUUUAAUAGCUACCAGAUGGUCUACAACAUACAGACCCAUAUUCAGCGCAGUGAAACAUGGACAGUUGAGCAUCACCCACUCUGCUGCAUAUGUGUCAAUCCUGCCUGCAUUGUUGUGGAACAGGGCAGGUCCACUCAGACUUCAAGUUGUGCAAAUGCAGUUGUGCAGUGCAGCGCCCAUUAUUCCCAACGGGCGUCAUGUUUUACAGCUGCGUUUGCAUAAGUCAAAGCCAAACUGCCCUGUUCGGUAACACUGCAAGCAGGUUUUACACAGCUGUAAUGAGAGACCUUAAAGGGUCUCUCAUUACAGAGAGUUGUAAUGAGAGUUGACACCGGUUUGACAGCACUUGAUCAAUCAAUCAGUCAGUCGCAUAGGUGGUGCUCAACUACGCACAAUUUGCUGCACUGGAUUCAAUUUCCUUUACUCUAAUUCCUUUGGGAAUCAGUAGAGUUAAGGCACAGCUGAAUUCAUAGUACAGACACACAACUGUUGUCCAUCAUCAUCGUCCACUUAAACAGUCGGCCAAUGUUAAAUUCGGUUCUAUCAGACAAUCAGGUUAGCGAUGGAAGGAUUUCCCAUACGCACAACUAGAACUUCAUUUCAGUAAGAUUCUCCAUUCAUAAAACUUGAAUUCAGAAUUCAACUGAGCUUAACUACUUUCAAACAUUUUUAUUCACAAACCCAGUAAAUAGAUUUUUAUGUUGCUAGCAUUAAAGUAGGUUUAUUUUAUCUAACAUUCAUUUGACCAAAUAUACAUUAUACUUAUGACAAUGCAUUCCAUGUGCUGGUCUAGCCAUGACAAAAGCCCUAUUCAAUCAUUAUGUUCAAUGCAUGUGCAAUCUUUAUACAGUGUGUGUACAGACAUAUCUGUACACAUGUACAGUUAUUCACACUUUAUGUUCCUGUACAGUCAUACACUUCUAUCUGUAUCAGGCAUUUGAGGGCCUUGUACCAAAAUUUGCUUCCAAAAUGAACACAUGUACAGUAAUUCACUCAAAACCAUGUACAUAUUUGCAGACACCUGUAUAUAUGUACAAUGUAAUGUCUGAAUGGGGCUAAAGUCUCUUCAUUUUCCAUUCUUUUCUCUCCCACCCUUAUCCCUUGCUUUGUGAAACUUGCCAAGCAAUUCACCUUGCCACUAGUAAGUGCCUGUGGUAAUUUCACAAGCUGUAGAAUUUAUAUUUACAAUGGCAGCAGAACAGAUGGUACAGUACUUGAAUAUGGUCACCUGGCAUUUAUUAUAGGAAAGAGACCACAUGCCCUAACUUUCCAGCAAUUUUACAUCUCUGCCUAAAUAUAUGAAACAGAAACUGGGAUUUGCUCUCACCAUUUACCGUGAGGAAUCAACCGAAAUGGGUAAUCCUGACAUGUACCUUGCAAACUAGUGUUAAAUGGAAACUGUGCUGUAAUUCCUGUUCAAUAUGUUGUGGGUAAUGUCAUCUGUGUUGUGAUGCAAUUUGGACUGUCAGAAUGUGUAUGCUCUUUAAUAGUGUUUGUGGAACUGAAUGUCUUAAAUGUUGCAUGAAAAUGUUAUUAAAAUAGAUUUGUUUUCUAUUUUUGAACACCUCUAGUCUGAGGGAUCAUGGGCCAAUAAGUGCAAUAUUUAAUGACUUACUCAGUGUAUAUAAACUUUGUGUGAACGAGAGAAGCGUCAUGAAUGCGUGAGAUGCUGCUGUUGCUGCUAGUUGGGCUGUGUGGCUUAUUAAAAGAAUUUCUAGUCGCUGUUAAGUGUCUGAUAGUCACGUUUAUACCGUAUAAAUGCUUUUAACAGUGUAGUGCGAGGAUAUUCUAUUCCUGAUUUUGUUAAAAUAUUUUUCCUAUAUGAGAUUUUAUAUAUAUAUAUAUAUAUAUAUAUAUAUAUAUAUAUACACACACACACACACACACACACACGUGUUUCCUUGCAAGUGCAUGUCAAUUUUACUUCUAGAAUCAUAUCUUUAAAAGAAACACCAAAAGAUUGUGCUAUAAACAAAUACAAUGACGAAACUUAUUUUUCAGUCAAAAUAUUGUAGGUGUUUCUCAGUCAAUUUGUGCAUAUUUGAGACGCAUGCCCUGUAACCACAUUACAGAUUGCCUAGAAAAUCUGCUUGCUCUGAAGGGUCAUUUGCGACAAUAGAAUGUCUCUGCUUGUUGUUCCUGCAACCUAGAAUAUUAUUUAUUUAAUACAUAAGCAAUUUAUCUGGGCGGAGAGCUGGUAUUGUGGUAGCCAGCAUGAACUGUCCCCUUUGCAAAGCAGGGUCUGCCUUGGUUUGCAUUUGAAUGGCAGGCUGCAUGUGAGCACUGUAAGAUAUUCUCCUUAGGGGAUGGGGCUGCUCUGGGAAGAGCAAGGUCCCAGAUUCCCUCUCUGGCAUCUCCAAGAUAGGGCUGAGACUCAUGCCUGUAACCCUGGAGAAGGUGCUGCCAGUCUGUGUAGACAAUGCCGAGCUAGAUGGACCAAUUGACUGUCUCAAUACAAGGCAGCUUUCUUUGUCCUAUGUUCUAAUUUAUAGUCUGUUUUAAAAAAAAAGAUUCUCAAAGUGGAGGUAUAAUUAAACAAACAAAAUUAUAAAACACCACCACUAGUGCCACACAGCAGGGAGGCAUAAGCCUCAGAGCCAGCAGUAAAACAAUGACAAUAAAACAGAACUAAUCAAAAACACCUUUCUAAAAAGAUCACUCCUGUCUACCAGCUCAAAAUGGGGAAGUACCCAGACCUGUCACAUGGUACUGGGAAGCUGGUUCCAAAGCAUGGUGGUUAUCAACCACAUAGGUAGUGGGACCAGUAGACAGUUCUCAUCACCAGAUUUUAAAGAGAAGGAAGAUUAUUAUUGUUGUUGUUGUUGUUGUUGUUGUUGUUAUUAUUAUACAACAUUUUAUAUCCCGCUCUUCCUCCAAGGAGCCCAGAGCGAUGUACUACGUACUUAAGCUUCUCAUCACAACAACCCUGUGAAGUUAGGCUGAGAGAGAAGUGAUUGGCCCAGAGUCACCCAGCAAGUAUCAUGGCUGAAUGGGGAUUUGAACUCGUGUCUCCCUGGUCCUAGUCCAGCUCUCUGGCUCUACACUAACGCUGGCUCUAGUCUCUAGUCUCCCAUUAAUAUGUAACCAGGGCAGACCCUGCUUAGCUAAGGGGACAAGUCAUGCUUGCUACCACAAGUCAAGUCACCCAUUUUAAUUUCCACACCAUACAAGCUGUAGAGACUUGUACAGUCUUGUAUAUUAUACUGGCUUUACAAAUGCACCCACACUUUCCCUUGGUCUUUCAGUUCAACAUUGGCCUGGGGAGGGAUGCCUCCAAACAGAAAUCCAGUAAGUGCAGCUCCCUCAACCACUUGCUAGAGGGAUCCCUGAUGAAUUUCUUUCUGAUGCAUCUAUAGAAGGCUCAGUGCUUCCCAAAUUAUUUCAUUGGUCUCCCCGGUCAUAGUCCAACACUCUAUCCACUACACCACACUGGCUCUCAAGAUACAGCAGGGAUGGGCCGAUGUAAGCUUGGGGAGCUUCUGGGAGCUACUUUAUUUUUUAUUUUAUUUUUUGGCCAGAACCUUGGGAGCUCAGCUACCAGCAUGAACUAGUAGGUUGGGGAGGUGGGGUCAGUCACCAGUCAACAAAAUAAGGGAUCUGAACAUCAAAUUCCCUGAGGCUAUUCCCACGAUCCCUGGAAAGCAGGCUAAGGGAGCUUAGCCCGCUUUCCAGGGAUCAUGGGAACUACUGGUCUCGCAGGUGAGCCUGGUGCUCCCAAGGCAGCUAGCCCGCCUAAUUCCCCCUCCCCUUAAAUGAGGUGAGCGCUCUGCUAACCUCAUUUGGUUGCUUGUGUUGUCACCGUGGUGGGGCAUCCUGGAACUUCCAGGGUCCGUGCAGCCCCCGAUCCCUGCAGCCCCCACCGGCUCUGUGACUCUGCUGUGUGUGAAUCCACUCUCCCCGCAAGCCCAGCAGAAGCUCUUCUCACCGAUCAUGAUAAGAGCUUCCCUGACUUCCAGGAGAAUUUUACUGUAUGACAUGAGGGGAGCCACAUAGGCUAAAAGGGGCUUAGACAAUUUCAUGUAGGACAGGUCUAUCUGUGGCUACUAGUCUGGUGGCUAUAAGCCACCUCCAGCCUUAGAGGCAAGAUGCCUCUAAAUACCCAUUGUAGGGGAGCAACAGCAGGAGAGAGGGCACACCCUCAGCUCUUGCCUGUGGGUUUCUCAGGGACAUCAGGUGGGCCACUGUGUGAAACAGGAUGCUGGACUCGAUGCUUUGGGCCUGUUCUAGCAGGGAUGUUCUUAUGUUUGUGGGGGGGUGGGGAACAAAAUUAAUGAGACAGAAAGAAAAAAACAACCCUGAUCACUCAAAGAGAGAGAAAUUAAAAGUGGUGCAGCCAUAUUCCCACUCAGCGAGCCAAUCAGAAUUGCAGUAUUGGCUGGAAGAGAGAGAGAAGGAAGCCCAAAUGCCUAGAAAGCUACUUCAGAUAAGGCUCGGAGCUACCAGUACCUCCCAAGCUACCUAAUGCCUGCCCCUCAUAAACAGAAUAUAGUCGUAAUGGCUCAGCCUGUGCAUAACAUUGAAUGGAAUUCUCACAAAUGAUUUACUUGGCAACGUUCCAUUUGGUUCGCCAUGAGUGUGAGGAUCUUAGAUCUAAAGUAGUAAGAAACUUAAUGAAUACCUUUGUAGCUUAAAAAGUCCAUGAUAGAAAAUGAGGGUUUCUUCUUCCAAAUUACUGUUCAGGGGUCUUUUACAAGAAAGGCAUGUGUUUGUAAAUACUGUAUAUGGGUGGGUAUUCAAUAGAGUAACUAUUGCUGUAGCUCCAUGGUGUGUGUCUUGUACUUGUUUGUACUUGUGUGACAUAACCCCUGGAAAGUAUGUCAAAAACCUGAAUUUCUUCUAAUUUUUAAAGCAAUCAAUUUAAGUAAAUACAGGGAUGCGAUAACAGGGUCAUUUGCCAGUAGUUUGAAAAGUAGUUCAUUCAAGAUGCAUGGAAGAUUGUGUUAUGGUUUUUAAUUAAUUCUAUGCACAGUUGUUAGACAAAAUGUUCAUCUUAACCAUUCUCACAUCCCUAUGAUUUGAUAGGUCAUAAAUAUAAUGGCAGACAUCCUGACUUAUGAAGCACUGGUUCUAUGGGAGAAGCAACAGCACUUCUGAAAAGUUCAAUUAACUAAGCUCCACUACUGGAUCAGCGAGGGGAGCAAAGUUUGACAACUUCCCCUUCCCAAGGAAGUGCUCUGUGCCACCCAAAAAUAUGUCCCUGUGGGUCAUACAGCCUUCAAGAACAUAUUUUCAGCUUACACAGAGGGAUUCAAAGGGAAGGGGAAGUUGUUAAAAUCACAUACAUGCACACACACACACACACACUAGCACUGGUGCAGCUUUGGUUUGGAACUCUUCAGAAACCAGUGUUUUGUUAGGAUGUCAGCCAAUCCAUAAUGAUUGGUAAACGGAGCCAAAACUGAGUGCUUCGUACAAAAUCACCUAUAAAUCUGUGACUCAGAUAAGAUUUGAAGUCAAUCCAAGUACACGACUCUUGUCCACUGGACCACACUAAAGAAAAAACAUUUUGAGCAUGGCUGGUAUCCUGUGGCAUAUUUUGUCUUUGCCUCAGGUAAUGUUGGAGGUGUGCGUAGACUUUUACUGCCCAGUGAGUUAUAUUUAAUACAUUACACCCACACAGGCAUGAAUUCUGAUAUGCACAAGCAGGCACAUUCUUGUAAGAAAAAGGUAAGUCUUUUCUGUGCUAGCCUUAGAACUUUGAUUAAGACCUACAUGGAACAAUUCCAGGCUCAUACCAAAUUUGAUUGAAGCAGUGGCAGUAGAGAAUGGGGUAUUGAAAGUUUUUUUCCAUUUGCUAUGUCCCUUUAAAUCACUGCCCUCCUAUCUUCCCUCACCCUUUUUCUGACUCACCACUCUUACGUAGGGCCUCUUUGCUCUCCCUAGAGCACUAGAAACAGCUGCUGUCGGUGGUGGGUCUGGGUCUCCACCACCUCUGGACCACCAGGCCUCUGCCACGACAGAUGUUCGUUUUAAGAAAAAUAUGGACGUUUCUAAAAGGCAAGUGCUGUAUGCCGUGCUUGCCUUUUAGAAAUCUUCAGAAGUAUCCUGGGACACAGUGCGUUGUGGGGAGUGCAGGUCUUUUAAGGGGUGCUCUGUUCCGCCAAACUGGUAGGAAUAAGGAGUCAUACUGGGUCAGACUGAAAGCAGGAAUAAGACCUUAAUUUAUCUGUUCCUGCUUUGCCAUGUGUAAAUGAGCCAAACAUUGUUAAUCUUAGGGAAACAUUAAAAGAUUAUUUUGGCUUUUUAAUUCUUUUUUAAACAGCCCUACUUUUUGUGCUUGAUUACUUUAAAAAAAACAUUUUUACUUAUUAAUUGUAAUACCCAUUAAUCUAUUUAGGAGCCCAUGUAAGGUCCUUUUUACAAGACAUUAAGUAAAUAUUUUAGUCAGAGGCUCCAAUUUAGCUAGUUAGUCAUGACUUAAACCCUUUGUAGACAAAGCCCUAUGUAGACAUCACGUUGUAUCUGCAUUCAGAUGUCUGCACACUUGUAUGUGAUUUUGUGUGAAUGACUGCACAGGGGUACCUCGUUAUCCAUGGGGCUCUAUUCCCGCCAAUUUCCAUGGCUAAUGAAACUAUAGAUAAUGAGGCAUUGAGUCUAUGGGGAUUAGGGAAUUAGGUUCCUGCAGGGCAAGAAAAUGGGCACAAAACAGUGAAAAAUGGUGAAAAAUGUGAGCAAAAAAAGUGCCAUACCAUGCUCCGCAGGCCUCUAACUGUCCCGCAAUGCCUUCUCAAACUUCAGUUAUUUUCCUUGAAUAACUGCGACAAACACCCAUUUUUUAACAGAAGAGCCACAAAAUGGCUCCUUUAAACAAAAUGGUGGCCAGAAAUGACUUAAGAGGGAAUUUCCAGCCAUCUAGGAACCACGGAUAUGUGGGUAUUAACCCUUUCUGUACCUGCUUAUGCUGAGGUCGGGUGCCUAUUUUCGGACUGUAGAUAAACAGAACCGCAAAUAGUGAGUACCUGCAUUCCACUUGUACCUGCGUUCAUUUUAAAAAGUGAACCUUGGUACAGGCCCCCCAAAUGCAUGGUGCAGACAGGAAGUGCCCUUCUGUUCUUGCAUACACCUGUGUACAGAUAUGUACCAUGUACACAGGUUGUAUGAGUGUUGAACGUGAUAUGUGAAUAGGGGUUAAGCCUCAUUGAAAUCAAUGGACAUCAUGGAACAAGUGAGCUCUACGACAGCAGCUCUAUGCACACUUACGCAAAGUGGUUCAGGAAAACCUUACUCCAAAGCCUAAAUUGAACAUAACGCAUUUCCAGUUUCUGGGUGUCAACGUACAAAACUGAACUGUUGGUAUACAGUCAGAGAAAUUGCUGGAACUCAAGUCCUCUUCCUUCACCUGUAACAACUACAAUGUAGUGACCGUGUUUCUAAAAAAUAGUAGUUUAAAAUGCUGCGAGGUGAUAAAUGUUGUGACAUCUCCUUCCUUAUGUCCACAGGAGUUUUGUUUGGCUGUGAAGUACCAGUAUUAUCCAUGUGCAGAGUUAAUUCUAUGUGGAAGUAAACACUACAUGUAAAGCCAUUGGACAUUCUAGUUUAUGCGAGUUCUGUAUAACAAGUGCACCUUUUCAAUUUGUCUUAUUUUGUCAAAUCUGUAACAAUGAUUCAAUAAAUAUUUAAGAGACUAUA